AUGUCUGAGAGGACUAUAGAAAAUACUGUUUUGUGGUUUGGAGAAGUCUUGGCCAAGGUUAGCAACCACCUGUCCCACAGCUUGUACUUGAGCUCCAGGCCGGCGGCUGCUCUCCUGCAGGCAUCGGGAAUGAGCUCCAGGAAGUUGAUAAGUAGCUUCAGAGUUGUGUUUUCCCUGACCCUGACCAAUGGAAUAGACAUUUAUCAAGUACCCAUUUGGGCAAGGGCUGCGCCAGACAGUAAGAACCCCACUAAUCAGAACUGCGUGGUCUGGCUGGGGAGACGACCCAGCCAGCACAGGCUUAUAUUUGGCACCCUUUACCCUGCAUAUUAUUCCUACAAGGCUGUGAAGUCGAAGGACAUUAAAGAAUAUGUCAAAUGGAUGAUGUACUGGAUUAUAUUUGCACUUUUCACCACAGCAGAGACAUUUACCGACAUCUUCCUUUGUUGGUUUCCAUUCUAUUAUGAACUAAAAAUAGCAUUUGUCGCCUGGCUGCUGUCUCCCUACACAAAAGGCUCCAGCCUCCUAUACAGGAAGUUUGUACAUCCCACGCUGUCUUCAAAAGAAAAGGAAAUCGAUGAUUGCCUGGUCCAAGCAAAAGACAGAAGUUACGAUGCCCUUGUGCACUUUGGGAAGCGGGGCUUGAAUGUGGCGGCCACAGCGGCGGUGAUGGCUGCUUCCAAGGGACAGGGUGCCUUAUCGGAGAGACUCCGGAGCUUCAGCAUGCAGGACCUCACCACCAUCCGGGGUGACGGUGCCCCUGCUCCCUCCAGCCCCCCACCGCCGGGAUCUGGGCGAGCCAGCGGCAAACACGGCCAGCCUAAGAUGUCCAGGAGUGCUUCUGAGAGCGCUGGCAGCUCAGUGUGUACCUGCUGCUCUACCUGCAGGACCCGGAAAGUGGUUGAGGGAGAUGUGAAUGAGGGUGGUGUGAAGGCAUGGGAACCCCACGAGGUCCAAAACCCGUUGGCAUUUUCGGACGAGGAGGAGGAAGACCUGUUGGAUUUCAUGUACAAGUAUAAGGCGCCUCGAAAGACGGAGUUCCCCCUGGAGGCACCGCCUAGAGUGCUUCGAUCCCGCUUUAGGAAGAAAAGUACCUCAUCCUCAGCCACUGAAACCACGUGAGUGAGAUGAGCCAACAGCACCGGACCCACAGAAUGUUUCUUCUCUGCCUUAAAGAGCUAGUCACUAAUAACAUAGAAAUCUGCAAGCUGGCGUGCUUUGAGUGUGCAGCCUCACAGACACGGCCUUUUCUCUC